AUGACGAGCACCGAGGAUACUAGCGAAGACCUACUAGCAUUUCAAGGGAAGAUACUGAAAGAGUUAAACGAGAAGGAUGGACUCCUGAUCCUCGCACGAGGGCUUGGACUUCGGACGAUUAUCUCGAGUUUCUUGAAAGCACAUUGUGCGAGAGCAUCCACGACAUCAGCCCGGCCGUUAGUCUUCGUCAUCAAUGCUACCACCGACGACGAGACCGGCAUCAAUGACUUCCUCGGCAUGCGAAUGGCGUGUAUCGGCCACGAGAUCUCCGCCUCCGAACGGGAACGCAUCUUUAAACAAGGCGGCGUACUCUCUAUCACCUCAAGAAUCUUGAUCGUCGACAUGCUCAACUCCAAAGUCGAACUCUCUCAAAUCACCGGGAUCGUCAUUCUUCAUGCUGAGGAAGUUUCUCCCACUUCAAUCGAGGCCUUCAUUCUUCGCGUCUUUCGGAAAUCCAAUAUUAAAGGAUUCAUCAAAGCGUUCUCAGAAGAGCCAGAGCAUUUUACUUUUGGAUUUUCACCGCUGCAGACCGUCUUGAGUCAAUUGAAGAUCCGGAAUGUAUUCCUUUGGCCAAGGUUUCGAGUGGAAAUCAAGGAGGACUUUGAAGCCAUGAAACCACAAGUGAUCGAAUUACACCAGCCGAUGAGUCCAGCGAUGAUCGAGAUUCAGACGGCGAUUAUUGAAUGUAUGGAUGCGACUCUAGCCGAGAUUAGAAGAGGCAACACCAAUUUGGAAGUCGAUGAUCUCACUAUCGAUAACGCUCUCCAUCGGUCGUUCGAUCAGAUCAUUCGCAAUCAGUUGAAUCCUAUCUGGCAUCGUGUUAGUUUCAAGACUAAACAAUUGGUCUCGGAUUUGAAAACACUUCGACAACUAUUAUCGUAUCUGUUAGCUUUUGAUUGUAUAACAUUUUACCGGUUCCUAGAAACAAUUCUGGUAGCCAAUUCUCCGAAGGAAACAGCAGCGGGUCCACGACAGAACGAAAGCCAAUGGCUAUUUACUAGCGCUGCAGAUACGAUCUUUUCGGUAGCGAAGAACAGGGUGUACGUCAAGACGCAGGAUCGGAAGAAGCAAGCGGCGGUGGUCGAUUCAAAUGAGAUCUCGAUCUUAGAGGACGGGCCAACUGCGGAGGAAGAGGAAGCGAUGAGGGAGAUUGAAGAGGUUGCUUUGAACGCUGCCGAAAGAGCCGGAUACGAUGUGUCCCGCUUCAACGUUUCCUCGGAUACUUGGGGCUGGUUACCUCCAGACACUGAACCUGUCUUGGAAAAUCAACCCAAGUGGCAGUUAUUAAAAGAUGUGCUCAAGGAAAUCGAAGAAAAUCUGUACGAGGCGGCUGAGGCUGAGACAGUCGGGUCCGAGGAGUCGAAUGCGAUCCUGAUAAUGUGCUCUUCGGCAUCAACUUGUUCAGUCCUCAAGGAAUAUCUGGCCACUCAACAUGCCUCAUCAGAUGCGAAGUACGGGACGCGACCGAUGAUGAAGCGAAGACUGAGGGAUUACUUUUUUUGGAAGAGGACGAUCGGGAAGAUGUCUCGCAAUCAGCAGCAAGAACCAUUGGCACCGAGUUCGAAAACGAAUACAGCAGAUGACUCGGCGUUGAAUGCAGCUCUCAAGCGCAAGAAUGAGUACCAACGAAAAGCCACUUAUCUGAACAAGAGACGACGAGUUAGAGGGGCCUCCAAUGCCGCUAACUCGGGCAAUUCGAGAGAUAAUCCGCUCGAUCUGAGCAAGCCUAACGACGCGGAAACCGUCGAGAAAGAAGCGAUCGAGGUGGCGGAUUUGUUCGAUUCGAUGACCAGUGCAUCGACCUUCCAAAAUGAUCCCGCUAGAACCGAUGAGGCUACGGAUGGCUUGACCACGGAUGACUUCGACCCAUCGGAUUUCGUCGCCCAUUUCGAUAUGCUCUCGAUGAAUGAUUUGGUCGUUAUUCAAGUCUAUCUGGGUGAUGAAGAUGAUAGUGUCUUGGAGGAACUCAGACCUAGUCACGUAAUUAUGUAUGAACCUGAUGUUGGUUUUGUCAGACGAGUUGAAUGUUUCCGUCUUCGCCAUCCAGAAUUAAAUGUGAAACCAUAUUUCUUAAUGUACAGUGAAUCGGUUGAAGAGCAGAAAUAUCUAUCGAACAUUCGAAGAGAGAAAGAAUCUUUUGAACGACUGAUUAGAGAGAAUUCGACGAUGGUUAUCCCGCUCGAAGUUGAGGCGAGACCGGGGGAAAUAAGUCAAGAGGGGAUCGUUCAGGCGAUUUCUUCGAGACAAGCAGGAGGUAAAGCGCUAAAAGUUGGGAUGCCGAAGGUUAUUGUGGACGUUCGUGAAUUUCGAUCGUCAUUACCCUCGUUAUUACAUGCUGGAAAUUUCGUGAUCGAGCCCACUACGCUCUUGAUUGGUGAUUAUAUAUUAUCACCUGAGAUGUGUGUUGAACGAAAGAGCAUUGCGGAUUUAAUUCAGAGUUUUAAUUCGGGCCGAUUAUAUCAACAGUGUGAAAUGAUGUCAGCCCAUUAUAAAACGCCGAUAUUGUUGAUCGAAUUUGAUGAAAAGAAAUCAUUCACACUUGAGACUUACAAAGAAACGAGGGGAAACAAGACGAGUACGAUCACUGCAGCCCCAACGGAUUCGGAUUUACAAGCCAAACUAGUCCUGCUGACCUUAACGUUCAAGAAGUUGAGGUUGAUUUGGUCGUCAUCGCCAUCGGCAACAGCCGAGAUCUUCCGAGACUUGAAACUGACUCAUCCAGAGCCGGAUGCCGAGACGGCUAGUCUGGUUGGAAUGGACGACAUCUCGAAGGGCGAGAAGGGCAAACUGGACUUGAUGGCAAUCAACAAGACCCAACAGAAUCAGAACUUUGGCAUCUGCAGUUCUGCGCACGAAGUUUUGAAGGCUUUGCCCGGAAUGGAUGAGUUGAAAGCUAGGAAACUAAUCUAUGGAGUCGUUAAUACUACUGCCACUAAUAAUAAUAACAAUACAUCAGCAUCGGCAUCGACAUCCGCUUCCGCUUCUUCUUCUUCAAUCUUCCAGGUCAAGAACUUGAACGAUUUGUGUCAGUUAUCUGAGCGUGAUCUCAAGAACUUGUUUGGUCCUCAAUCAGGCUCUAGGCUGUUCCGUUUCCUUCAUGAUGAAGUCGACCAACCAUAA